GAAGAAGUGGGGAGGUUGGUGAGGAAGAGGGGGGAUGUACUAAAUAUUAUGGACCUCACCAGCGCAGCAUGCAUAGAGGCUGCUGAGCUCUAUGGGCCAAGCGCUUUGAGUGAAGCUGACAUGGAACAGUUUCUGAAUACUGCUGGAGGGAAGGCCAUCCCCAAGAAGCCAAGGAAGAAGUCAAGGACUUCAGCUAAGCAAGUGGAUGAGGGGAGAGCUGGGAAGGAGGUAGUGCCCUUAGCACCAGCUGAGGUGGAGGAAGCGGUGCCAGCACUGAAGAGGAAGGGUUGGGAAGAAAGGAGGGCACUGCAGAAGAAGCAGAAGGUGGUGGAGGAAGAGGGGAGUGGGGUGCCUGAGUUUGUACCUCAGCCACCUCCUGUUGAGCUGGACCCCGAGCUCAGACAGUUGGAGGAGGGGGCUGAGGUACGAGCUCCUGGUAAGGGAAAGGGCCCUGUUACCUCGGCGGUGUCUCAGAGCAGCCUGUUCGAGGCGAAGAACAUGAUGGGGGCUAGGUGGUUUAUCAACAACACCUUCCCCGAAGUGGACAAACGCCACGCGCGAGAGGAGGCUCUGAGGUACGAAGGAGCUUCUGUGGUGAAGCACGUCCUUGAGAGCGCGAGCUGGGUGAAUGGUCUAGCCCAGGAGUUCAGGGAGGGUGUAAAGGCGCGCGCACUCUUACAGAGGCAGUGUGACCAGCUGCAGAAGGAGAAGGAAGAGCUGGAGAAGAAGAAUAAGGAGAUGCAAGAGUCUCUGAACGAGGUGGUUCCAGCUAUGAAGCAGUUGGAGCAGGAGAGGUCUUCCCUGAGCACCAAGCUCGUCUUUGAGGAGAGCAAACGAAGGAUCUAUGAAAGCGAGCGUGAGGCUCAGGCGCAAGAAAUAAGGCUGAUGACGGAGGCAUUCAAGGAGCUGAAAGGGAACAUCAUCGUCAACUUGUACCGGCUGCCCACUGCCAUCAUCGCGUUCACUGAUUGCAGAAAGAAGGUGAAGGCUGCAUAUCCCGAAGUGGACGUGACAAAGAUCACCUUUGGCGAGCAAGAAGAAGGAGUGGAGGAAGAUGGUGAGAGCUUGUCAGCAGACUUCCGUCCUCAAAUCAAACUGAGGUGGGAGGAUGAUGCAGACGGUCUUGUUGUUUUCCCUCCAGAAUUCGACUUCGAGUUCGUGGCAGUGGAGGAAGAAGGGGCAGAGGUUGAUGAGUCAGAUGUGCAAAGAAUUGGCACUUCGGACAUUUCUGAACAAAGCAUUAUCCCGUCUCGUAAGAAGGAGACAAUUGAAUCAGUCCAGCUUGGCGUGUCAGGAUUUGUGCUAAUCUCCAUCACUCGAGGCUUUAUGAAGCUUGGUUCAUCUAAAACUUCUACAAAAAUAGAUCUGGAGCUUAAAGAGCUAUCAGAGGCAAACUUGGAGAGUGAAUCUGCCUGUUCGUUCUCAGCCCGGGGGAUUUUACUCAGAUAGAAUUUCUGAAAUUUGCACUUCAACUCGGCCACUAAGGCUACAUACUUUACCAUCACAGGAUCAACGACUUCGCAAAUAGAGUUGAUCUAGUUUA